AUGGCUGAAUACGUAUCCCGAAAAUCCUACAAUUCUCGACUUCCUCCAGAAGUGAACCGUAUCCUGUACGUGCGGAAUCUCCCCUUCAAGAUUACAGCAGAGGAGCUGUAUGCCAUCUUUGGGAAGUACGGGGCCGUCUAUCAGAUCCGAAUGGGCAACAAGGACAAGGAUACGCGGGGAACAGCCUUUGUGGUCUACGAGGACAUUUACGAUGCCAAGGCUGCCGUCGAUCAUCUGAGUGGUUUCAACGUGGGUGGUCGUUAUUUGGUUGUGCUGUACUACCAGCCUGCCAAAUUUGAACGACGGGAGCAGCAAAAUGAACAGGAACGAGAAGUGUUGGAAUUGCGAAAGAGAGUACAAGCAAACAAAGAGGCAAUGUCCAAAAAGUGA